CGCAGCGUGCGGCGUAGGAGCGGCGCUUGAGGCCUGGAAGCGUUCGGUGGCCUGCCGGGUCAGAACCAUGAGUUCCAUUGGCACUGGGUAUGACCUGUCAGCCUCUACGUUCUCUCCUGACGGAAGAGUUUUCCAAGUUGAAUAUGCCAUGAAGGCUGUGGAAAACAGUAGUACAGCUAUUGGGAUCAGAUGUAAAGACGGUGUUGUAUUUGGAGUAGAAAAACUAGUCCUUUCUAAACUUUAUGAAGAAGGCUCCAAUAAACGUCUUUUUAAUGUUGAUCGACAUGUUGGAAUGGCAGUUGCAGGUUUGUUGGCAGAUGCUCGUUCAUUAGCAGACAUAGCAAGAGAAGAAGCGUCCAACUUUAGGUCUAACUUUGGCUAUAACAUUCCUCUAAAACAUCUCGCAGACAGAGUGGCCAUGUAUGUACACGCUUACACACUCUACAGUGCUGUUAGACCUUUUGGCUGCAGUUUCAUGUUGGGGUCUUACAGUGCCACUGACGGUGCACAGCUCUAUAUGAUCGACCCAUCUGGUGUUUCAUAUGGUUACUGGGGCUGUGCCAUUGGCAAAGCCAGGCAAGCUGCAAAGACAGAAAUAGAAAAGCUUCAGAUGAAGGAAAUGACUUGCCGUGAUGUAGUUAAAGAAGUUGCAAAAAUCAUUUACAUAGUACAUGAUGAAGUUAAGGAUAAAGCCUUUGAACUAGAGCUCAGCUGGGUUGGUGAAUUAACUAAAGGAAGACAUGAAAUUGUCCCCAAAGACAUAAGGGAAGAAGCAGAGAAAUAUGCCAAGGAAUCUUUGAAGGAAGAAGAUGAAUCAGAUGAUGACAAUAUGUAACAUUUUCUUCACCAUCCGCUGGUUUACAUUUCUGUGACAGUUGCAUAUGGCUAGCACCAUGGAUUAUAUAUACCCAUUGACUAAUUUUCAUUAAAUUUUGUCUUAUAAACAUUGUUGGGUAA